AGCAAAUGCAAAAUCCAACUUCAGCUCUCUUAUCUCUAAACUCAGUUAUGGCACCUAAACCUUCUCCCAUGUUCUCAUUCAUUCUUCUCUCUGUCUUUCUCUUUCUCUUCCUUCUUCCUAUCUCAUCUCAUGAGACAUUGUCACCUUCACCAAAUGGUGAAAAGCCAUCGCCAUUUGGGUUCAUCAAGGAUCUACAGGGAUGCAACAAGAGAGACAAAGUAAAAGGCAUUCAUAAGCUCAAGAAGUAUCUCGAACAGUUUGGAUAUUUGAGCUAUAAUAGCCAUUCCAAAAACCAAAUCCGCACUGAUGAUGAUGACUACUUCGAUGAUCUCUUAGAGUCCGCCAUCAAAUCCUACCAGACCAAUUACCAUCUCAAGGCCACUGGAAAGUUGGAUUCUGAAACAGUGUCAGAGAUGAUGAGGUCGCGCUGUGGGGUUGCGGAUAUCGUGAAUGGGACAAGCUGGAUGCAGUCCUCAAAGAAAAGGCACGAUCAAGGCCAUGGCUCACUCCACACAGUCUCCCACUACCAAUUCUUCCCUGGAUCGCCAAGAUGGCCAACUUCCAAUAAUGCCCACCUCACCUACGCAUUUCUCCCAGGCACCCCAGAUGAGGCCAAGAUCCCUGUGUCUCGGGCAUUUGGCAAAUGGGCUUCUGCAACAAGCUUCACAUUUGCGCAGACUGAAGACCACAGAAACGCCAACCUGACAAUUAGUUUUCAUAGUCUUUUGCAUGGAGACUGGAACCCAUUUGAUGGCCCUGGUGGAACCAUAGCUCAUGCUUACGCCCCGACUGAUGGAAGGUUUCAUUAUGACGCGGAUGAAGAAUGGUCGGUUGGUGCAGUUCCUGGUGCAUUGGACGUGGAGACUGUUGCCUUGCAUGAAAUAGGUCAUCUUCUUGGACUUGGUCAUAGUUCUGUUCGAGAGGCUAUCAUGUUUCCUUCCAUUUCUACUGGAGUGACCAAGGGUUUGCAUAGGGAUGACAUUGAAGGAAUUAGAGCCUUAUACAACGCCUAAUAACAUAACAUGGAACCGGAAACUUCAGUUAUAUAUAUGAUAUAAUAAUAUUGAAAUCUA